AUGGCACCUCUAUCUCUAGAUCUGCCAGAUGAACUCAUCCAUGAGAUUCUCUUCCGCCUCCAGCCAGAUGAGCUCGCGCUCCUUGUUUGGCACUUCAUCCUCUCAAAGUCUUGGGACCGCCUCCUCUCUGACCCUGCAUUCCACCACCGGUACCGCAAACUCCGCCAAAUGGCUCCUACGCUUGGUUUCAUCUAUAGCGGUUACUCAAUUUAUACUAAAAUUGCCACCUCUUUCGUCCCCGCCAUGGGGUUCUGCCCCCCGAGCAUUCCUAACUACAAGCUGCCUGACUUCGCUGUGAGCGAUUGUCGCCAUAGCCAUGGCUUGGGCCGUGUCUUCCCCUUCCAAGGUUUUGUGCACAUGGAGCUCGUGGUCUGGAACCCCUUGACAGGCCACCACACACAAUUCAACAGCUUUAAUGAUUUCUUUAUAUGCAUGGGGGAAGAGGUGCUCUGCCCCGUGGAUGGUUGCGACCACGCCACCUGCCACGACUUCCACGUCGUCUGCGUUGGCAUAAACCAAGAGGAGAGUACCACAACUGCCAUUGUGUACUCAUCACAAACCGAUGAGUGGAGCGCACCGACGCCUGGUCUUCAACUCAAUGGGUAUGACAUAGAGACACACAAUGUGCUCGUCGGAGGUGCCCUCUACUUUCUCCUCACGUAUGGGCCGCAUGGCACUCAAAUUCUCAAGUAUGACAUUGGAAGAAAUCGACCAGGGCACUAUCCUCAUGGCACCGGAGGAUGGCGUGCUACGGAUCGCUCACCUGAACACACUCAGCAUCUACUUGUGGACGAGGAAAGCGGGUCCUGA